UUCGCCACUUCCAUCUGUCUCCGGUGGUUUAUCUCGUUUUUCUGGGUGGGAUCAAUUAAGACCCCGGCAUGAUUAAUCUGCUCAAGACUUAGGGUUACACCAGCUCUACCAUUGUGUCACCAGCGGGGUCGUCACGUCAACUUGCAUGUUCCUCGUUAUCCUUGACCAUGCCAGCCAGAAAAGCAUAAAAGGGGGAAGAAGGCACCUUAAUGCUCAUGGAAACUGCACACACCACGCAGCUCAAUAGCUUGAUACCAAGGCCAUUUCUAUCAACAUCUCUGCAAAGCAACACUUCUGGUCAAGAUGGCUACCAAAUCUCGGGUUGCGAUUCGAUUCACUAGUAUAGACAAUUGGCAAGAGAAGGAUGAAGAAAUCCUCAAGAUUAUCAAGGACGACACCGGUACGGAUGGCUUCCCCGUUGUCAAAACUGUCCCUCCGCUUUACCUCCCCCCGGCGCUCUCGCAAAAAGCGAUCGACAAGCUGAAGGCUCUGGAUGGUAUCAGUGUCGAAGUUAUCGAGGAAUAGGCCCCGAGAGGUGAGAUUGAGA